UAAAAUGGGCUGGUGUGACUUAAGCCCCUUUCUGUGUACAUAAUGCAAGGGUGGUGUUGGCAUUGAUAUAAAUUCAGGUCUCUGGCGGUGCUUUACUAUAGUUUUUUCAGCACGAAGUAGCGAAAGGUAUCGAGCAAGACUCUUGGGACAUUGACUUGCACGCGCUUAACAUUAUACCAGAACUUGUGCUUGUGUUAGAGAAAAACGUCAGUAAUAGUUGAAAUUUAACCGACAGAAUACACUGAGCACGUUAAGUGCAUUAUAUCAUAUAAAAAUAUAACUGUGGAGAAGUUGAAGAGAAUACUACGUCAGCCGUGCACGUGCAAAAGAAGGGCAACAAUGACGACUCUCGUUUGUCUCAAAGUUCUAUUGUGCGCCGCUUUCUCGUCCACAAUUGCGUCAGGGCAGGAGGUGCAUGUAAAUUUUACUCUGGGUGAGGUCGUAGGAAUGACAGAGACCUUGAGCAACGGUCAGCAGGUUGUUAAAUACAUGGCUGUCCCCUACGCAGAGGCUCCCGUGGGGGAUCUUCGCUUCCGCAAACCGGUGCCAAAGGCAGCGUGGGAAUGGGUUUUAAAUGCCACGAAAGAAGGGCCGUCGUGUGUGCAAAUGAUGGACCCAAGUCUAAGCCAGUUUAUUGAAAAUACGGACAUAUCCGAGGACUGUUUACACUUGAAUAUAUACGUUCCAGUCUCGACGAGUAAAGCCCCCAAAGCGGUGAUGGUUUGGUUUCAUGGGGGUGGGUACGCUUCCGGUCAGGGAUCUAUGUACCCCUGCAGCACGCUAGCAGCUCAUGGAGACAUCGUCUGUGUUACCAUUAACUAUCGAGUUGACAUUCUGGGAUUUCUCUCAACGAUGGACGAAAAUUGUGUGGGGAAUUUCGGGCUCUGGGACCAACACGAGGCCUUAAAAUGGGUGAAAAAGUACAUUAGCGCAUUCGGCGGGGAUCCCAAUCGCGUGACAAUCUUCGGCCAGUCGGCUGGCGCGGCGUCCGUGAUGUUCCAGCUGGUUUCUAAGCACAAUAUUGGUGUGUUUCAGAGAGGCAUAAGUGAAAGUUCAAUGACCAUGUCCAAUGGCUACAGCAUGGUACCAGGGAACGACGCACGAAAUUAUGCCAAAAGCGUUGGUUUUGCUGCUGGUUGCAACACGACUGAUAACCCGGAUCUUUCGGACAGCAAACUUCUAAUAGAUUGCCUGAGAAGAGUACCUGGGGAAAAUUUUCGAACAAUAUCUAUGACAACGUACGGUCCUGUUUUGACUGGACAUGUAAUGAAAAUACCGAUUGGUCCGGUUGAAGAUGGCGAUUUCGUCCCAUUAGGCCUAAAAGAAUAUUUUAGUUCAAACGGACAAAAAGGGCAGUUUACAGAAAUCGAUCAAGUGUUCGGUAGUUUUGACUUCAUGGUGGGAACGACCUCUGAAGAAGCAAAUCUGAUGGUUUCGAUGUGGGCGGGUCUUGCGAUUGCUUGGAACAUUAGUAUCUCAAACGGACUUCCCGAAGACAAAAUAAAAAUGCUGCUUGAAGAUCACCUAGACGUUUACUAUCCAAAAAAUAGAAAAGAGAGCGAGAUCGCCAUCAACGAAGUUUAUUUCAAGGCUGACGAUCGGGUAACAAACACCCUCGCUCUAAGGGACAUGUUUACGCAUAUGUUCUUUACAAUCCAUUCUCUGCAGUCCUGCAACGCCCACAACAACGCGCUGACAUCUCCAAAUGAAGCGCAGAAUGCACAACGUAGCACGUACAUGUAUGAAUUCUCUCACCAUCUUAACGGCACUUCAUACUUGGAAAUGAUUUCGGAAGCAUCGUCGCCAUUUAAACUUCCUGAUUGGGUGGAGGGAGCAACGCAUGGAGAGGAGUUACCGUACUUAUUUGGGUUCGAACGUUAUGGCAAGGCAUUGAAUAGAUCAGAAUUGUGGAAUGCGAAAGACCAAGAGAUAUCCGAAGCCGUGAUGACGUACUGGACGAAUUUUGCCAAAACUGGGAACCCCAAUUUGGGCAACACGACAACAGAUGUCACUACAAGUACACUACCCAUAUGGAACCAAUACAGCCCCAACACCAAGUCAUAUCUGGACAUCGGUGACGUCAUAACUCCGAAGCAAAAUCCCCUCCCAAAUUUCAUGGAACUGUGGUUAAAGAAGAUACCGGAAAUAAUGCAGAAAACUACCCCGGCGAGUAAUGGAAAAACGAACACAUUAGAUAAACAGUGUGUGCUGGUGUUUUGUGUUUAUCUACUGUGGUCAUACUUCCAUUAUACUUCAUAGAGGUAUACAUG